CGCACGCGCGGGGAACAUGGCGGCGGCGGAGCCCGCGGUGGCCGCGCUGGCCGGCGGCGGUGUGGGCGCAGGGGCGCCGUCGGGCGGGGUGCCGGUGCUCUUCUGCUUCUCGGUGUUCGCGCGGCCCGCGUCGGUGCCCCACGGCGCGGGCUACGACGUGCUCAUCCAAAAGUUCCUGAGCCUGUACGGCGACCAGCUCGACAUGCACCGCAAAUUCGUGGUGCAGCUCUUCGCCGAGGAGUGGGGCCAGUACGUGGACCUGCCCAAGGGCUUCGCGGUGAGCGAGCGCUGCAAGCUGCGCCUGGUGCCGCUGCAGAUCCAGCUUACGACCCUGGGAAAUCUCACACCCCAGAGCACUGUGUUUUUCUGCUGUGACAUGCAGGAAAGGUUCCGACCAGCCAUCAAGUACUUUGGAGACAUCAUCAGUGUGGGGCAGAGACUGUUGCAAGGAGCUCGGAUCUUAGGAAUUCCAGUUAUCAUAACAGAACAAUACCCCAAAGGCCUUGGCAGCACUGUUCAAGAAAUUGACCUAACAGGGGUAAAGCUGGUUCUUCCGAAGACUAAGUUUUCCAUGGUGUUACCUGAAGUCGAAGCGGCGUUAGCCGAGAUUCCUGGCGUCCGGAGUGUUGUGUUAUUUGGAGUAGAAACACACGUAUGUAUCCAGCAAACUGCCCUGGAGCUGGUCGGCCGAGGCAUUGAAGUCCACAUCGUGGCUGAUGCCACCUCCUCCAGAAGCAUGAUGGACAGGAUGUUUGCUCUUGAGCGUCUUGCUCGAACUGGGAUCAUUGUGACCACUAGCGAGGCUGUUCUCCUACAGCUGGUGGCUGACAAAGACCAUCCAAAAUUCAAGGAAAUUCAGAACCUGAUUAAAGCAAGUGCUCCAGAGUCUGGUCUGCUCUCCAAAGUAUAGGAUACUUGAAGGAUCUGGAUCCGCCUUCCCUCCGGGCGAUGGGACUGCAAGCCAGACAAGCUCUCGUCUCUCCUAGAACUUAAAAAAUGUAAAAUCAACAGCAGCUCCUCCUUUGCAGCUCUUAGCAACACUUAACUAGCUAGACCGUUGGAUACAAGCAUUUAGUCAUGUCAAGGCUUCAGGUGCUGCUCACCUUUUUUGUUUUCUAAUGGGCUUUUAUUUAUUAGGACAAAUUACCAUGGAGGUGCCUGUUUUGUCUACACUAUGUACUCUGACCCUAUCCUUCCAAAGUGCACCCUCUAGUGAAGGUUUCUUAAACUGUGCACUUUAAAUGAUAAUAAUAAUAAUAAUAAUAAUAAUAAUCAUCUACCAUAAUGAUUUGACUUUUCUAUUGUUGUGAAACAUGUGUUGUCAUGUCAGUGUAGACGCAGUGUUUUCACUUCACAGGCUGACUAGCAAAUAACUCCUGGAUGAGAAUUGACAAAGAGGAGUCUGGAUCGUGUAUCUGCUCCUCUCACAGUGUUGGAAUUGCUGACUGAGUGAGGUACCUUGAUUUAACCAGAGCAAAUUAUCAUAAAUAGUGUGUAUUUGUCUUGCUUGCACUAAUUUUCUCAUUUCUGUUACCAUCUUUGUGAAUUUUCUUCCUCUGGCUAACAGUCUAUGUUAAUGUUCAUCUUCCACCGAAUGUUUCAUGUCCUCAUUGGUCAUUUUCGUUUUGUAAACAGAUGGGAGUGGUUUACAGUAAUGGGUAAUUGACAGAGGUAUGUCCUGACAUAAUGCCUUUCCAGGCUUUUUGAGUGCAUCUUCUGGUAUACACAGGAGUUGGUGGAGAAGUAACCAUUAGAUAAAAUGCAGUUUUAAAAUACCUAUGUUCUCCUGUGUGUUUCCUCUAUCUGCCCUUCAAACAUGGUUAGUGGUGAUGUCAUCAGCAGGACUCAUGGGGAUGACACUGUGGUCAUUGUUAACCCAUCAAUGAGUUUAUUUUCACUUAAUCCUUACCAGUGCUUAAAACCCUUUUAAAAGUAUAUUGGGAUAUGUGGAACAGUACUGUCUUUGUAUUAAAUUAAAGAAAAGGAAUUA